UUUUAUUAUGAAAGAGACCAUAAUAAUAACUCAGUUAAUCCAACUUUUAAUAACUACUCUGACCCUGAGACUGGUGAAGUUACUUUGCACUUCACUAUACCGGUUUUAUUAGAGUGUACUAGUGAAGCUCGUCAGAAUGCUACAGUUAUUAUACAGUGUAAUGAAACUGGUAUUGUAUUUCAUUACAUAUAUCUAGUGGAGAAUACUAAGCAUCCAAAUACUAUAACAGGAUCAGCAACAGUCCCUCAGUAUCAAGAGUGCAAUAUCAGUAUGGUAUUAAGUAAUGAGGCUGGUAGUAGUGAACCAUUUAUUAGAACAUUUAAAAUUAUAAUUCCAGUUAUGCCUUCAAUUAGUCCUACACCAUCUCCUACUAAUGGUACUGAUGGGACAGUUACUUCUAUACCAGUGGAUAUUAUUGUCAGAACUAUUGUUGGUUGUAUUUUUGUGCUGUUAAUAAUAAUUGUUAUAUUAGUAAUUGUGAUAAAAGUGACAAGAAGAAGAGAUAAUCAUCCUAAACUACAACCUGAACUUACAUUUGGAGUACUGCUUGAACAAGAACGAGAACAAGAACAACAAGAACGAGAACAACGAGAACAAGAACAACAAGAACGAGAACAACAAGAACGAGAACGAGAACAACGAGAACAAGAACGAGAACAACGAGAACGAGAACAAUGGGAACGAGAACAACGAGAACGAGAACAACGAGAACAAGAACAACGAGAACAAGAACAACGAGAACGAGAACAACGAGAACGAGAACAACGAGAACGAGAACAACGAGAACGAGAACGAGAACAACAAGAACAAGAACAACCAGUAUUUAUGAAUCAACCCACAAACACUGGAGCAGCAGCUGAAGGAACUACAGAAGAGCCAGUAUAUUCAGAUUUAGGUGUAGUACCUUCAACUUGUACAAAAUCUUUAGCAAAAUAUCUAGGGACAGAUGAAUCAACAAGGCCUGAAUCAAAAGUACCUCUAGUGCAGUCUUAUGAUGUAGUAAAAUCUGCUAGUGGUACUACUGUAAUUGGAGCUGCUGGAGGAGAUACUAAUCCACCAGCAAUACCUGAUAAUAAAAGUAAUGGAGCUGCCACUACAGGGCAUGGUGGAGCUGCAUCAAAUGCACCUAUUCAUGUUAAUGAUGAUUCACAUUCGCCUUCUCCUUAUCCUGAUCCUCCUCCUACUCAGAGAGGGAAAGAAGGAGUCCAAUCUGGUUUUACUGAUGCAAAUGGAACUACUGACACCUACUUGUAAUGCAUGCUACACAAACCUUCAUGCAUGAAUACUACCUACUUAAAGAACUGAAACUAUUUUGUACUUUGUCACUUUAUGCAACUGCAUUAUAAUUUUUAUAAUGAGUUAUUCUUGAUCUCCUAUUUCUGAC